CUUAAUGGGAUUGGGGAAAGAGUUGUUUUUGUGUACGUAUAGAUACCUUAAAUCAAAUAAGUUUGUUGAAAGACUGAAAAAUAAGGCUGUGUGUGGAAAAACUGAGAUAUAAGUAGUUCUUGAAGCUGGCUAAGGAAUCUGCAAAAUGGCUGAUAAUUUGGAUGAAUUUAUUGAAGAACGAAAAGCUAAAUUGGCCAAAGACAAAGCAGAAUUGGAAAGUGAUCCACCUUACAUGGAAAUGAAGGGAAAGACAUCAGAGAAGCUUUCUGAAAAUAGUAAAAUAUUAAUCUCUAUGGCCAAGGAGAACAUACCACCGAACAGUCAACAGACCAUGGGUUCCUUAGGAAUUGAUUAUGGCUUAAGUUUACCACUUGGGGAAGACUAUGAACGGAAGAAACAUAAACUUAAAGAGGAAUUACGGCAAGAUUACAGACGUUAUCUUACUCAGGGCAUUUCACAAGCAAAAAGAAAGAAAAAUUUUCUAUCCACGGGUGAACCAGAUCCGUCUACUCUGGGAGUGUCUCUUCCUAUUGGUGAGAGGUUAUCUGCCAAGGAAAGGUUGAAACUUGAACGCAACAAAGAAUACAAUCAAUUUCUCAGGGGUAAAGAGGAAUCCAGUGAAAAGUUCAGACAGACAGAAAAGAGUAAUGAGCCAACGAGUCAAAGAAAUAAAAAUCAAGUUAUUGUAAGUCAAGUUAAGUCUGAUUUAUCUUCACAAAUACAAUCAUCUUGUGAAAAUUCUGAGGAUCCUAGGAGAGGAGUCUUAACUCCUUCAGAGGCAUACGAAGAGCUUUUGAACCAAAGGCGACUAGAGGAGGACAGAUAUCGACAACUUGAUGAUGAAAUUGAAUUAAGGAAUAGAAGAAUUAUUAAAAAAGCUAAUGAAGAAGCAGGCAUUUCCAACGCAAAGCAUCAAAGGUUUGCAAGCAGGACUGGUAUUUCAGGUAGAAGAUUUCACAAAUUUAAUGAGGAUUGUGUUUCUGAUAGACAAUAUUAUAGACCAGACCGAGACCCUGAAGUAAGUGAAGAAAUGGACGAGAGAUUUAGAUUUGAAAGUGAUUUUGAUAGAAGACUUUUGAGAGUGUAUACAAAUGGCAGGACGCAGGGGAACAAACGAGAGAACGUGCCUCCUAGGGAGCAUGAUGGUGAUGUGACUGAACAGUCAGACGUACGAGUUGCAUCUGCUGGAAAUAAAAGUGCUCAAGGUAAUGAGCCAUCCACAUCUGCUCCUCAGGAGCUCUGUAGUCCUUUUGCGGGGAUGCUUUUUGGAGGUGAAGAUCGAGAACUUAUUCAGAGAAGGAAAGAGAAAUACAGGCAAGAGUUAUUGGAACAAAUGGCUGAGCAACAGAAGAACAAGAGACGAGAAAAAGAUUUAGAACUCAGGGUUGCAGCUUCUGGAGUACAAGACCCUGAGAAAUCGUGGAAUGAAUUACUCACAUCAUUGCAGUUAAGUAAGGAAGAGCCUGAUAGACUAAAGCAGUUUAGUGUGGCACCAAGACACUUUGAAGAGCUAGUACCACCUGAAAGGCCCAGAGUAGCUUUCCAGACACCUCUCCCUCCUUUAUCUGCCCCAUCGGUACCACCCAUGCCGGCAGUUCACUCUGUGCCUCCUCCAAAUGAAGAUUUUCACAGUGGAUUAAGCAGUGCCUUUGGUGAAAUGGUGCCUCCCAGGGUUGCACCACUGCCUCCGCCUCCCCUACUACCACCUUUGGCUGCUAACUAUCGCACUCCUUCUGAUGAUGCAUACUAUUUUUAUGGGGCCAGAAACACUUUGGAUCCCAGUCUUGCUUAUUAUGGUUCAGGAAUGCUGGGAGUACACCCUACAGCUUAUGUUAGUGCUCCUGUUACCCACCAGCGCACCCAACCUAUUGUGAAUACAAUUGGACAGAAUGAACUGAAAAUUACAAGUGAUCGUACAAUAAAUUCAGGAUUAUUUUUUGAAGAUAAACCAAAACCUUCCAAACAGUCACUUCAGUCUUACCAAGAGGCUUUGCAGCAACAGAUUCGAGAAAGAGAAGAAAGAAGGAAGAAAGAACGUGAAGAAAAAGAAGAAUAUGAAGCUAAAUUAGAAGCUGAAAUGAGAAUUUAUAACCCCUGGGGAAAAGGUGGAGGUGGUGCUCCUCUCAGGGAUGCAAAAGGAAAUCUGAUAACUGAUUUGAAUAGGAUGCACAGACAAAAUAUAGAUGCCUACCAUAACCCAGAUGCAAGAUCACAUGAAGAUAAAAGGGCUGUUGUAUCUCUAGACCAAAAUUUAGCCACUUCAAAUGCUGAGAACCUAGAAGAUUCUGCAAAUAAAAACUCAGGUCAUGUGCAAACACAGAGCUCUCCUUUUGCUCGGGGAAAUAUAUUUGGUGAGCCUCCAACUGAACUUCAGAUUAAACAGCAAGAACUAUACAAGGAUUUUCUUCGUUUUCAGAUUCAGGAAAAGAAACAGAGAGAGGAAGCAGAGCGAGAGAGACUGAGAAUUGCAGAAGAAAAAGAAGAGCGACGGCUCGCAGAACAGAGGGCACGCAUUCAGCAAGAGUAUGAAGAGGAGCAGGAGAAGAAAAGAGAGAAAGAGGAGGAGCAAAGGCUAAAAAAUGAAGAGCUUAUUCGGUUAGCCGAAGAAAGGCGAAAAGAAGCCGAAAGAAAGAAGAAAGAAGAAGAAGAAAAACAUAACCUGCAACUUCAGCACUACUAUGAAAGAGAAAAUGUGAUUGGAGAAGAAACAAAGCGCUCGAGGCAGCCUUCUCCUGUAGUUCCUGCUCUUCAGAACAAAAUCUCAAGCAAACUCCAAAGACCGCCUUCAGUUGACAGCAUCAUAAGUUCCUUUAUUCAUGAAAGUUCCAUGUCCAGAGCACAGUCUCCUCCAGUCCCUGCCAGGAAAAACCAGCUCCGUGCAGAAGAGGAGAAAAAAAAUGUGAUUAUGGAAUUAUCAGAAAUGAGGAAACAACUUCGCAGUGAAGAGAGGCGUCUACAAGGGCAGUUGCUACACUUGGGCAAUAAUGAUGAAAUUCACAUAAGGAAAAGAGAAAAGAAUCCCAUGGAUAUAUUUGACAUGGCUAGAUAUCGGUUGCAAGUGCCUGUCAGAAGACAGUCACCUAAGGGGUUAGAUGCUUCCACUUUUCAGAACAUUCAUGAUUUUAAUGAACUGAAAGAUAGAGAUUCAGAAACACGAGUUGAUCUCAAAUUUAUGUACCCGGAUCCUCCGAGAGAUCAUCACACCUUAGAGAUUCAGCAGCAAGCUCUGCUAAGGGAGCAGCAGAAGCGGCUGAAUAGAAUAAAAAUGCAGGAAGGGGCUGAAGUUGACUUAGAUGCUAUCCCAAGUGUUAAAGUACGAAAAGAAAGAAUGGUAAGAAUGCCCACAGAUGACGCUAAUGAUUUCUUGAAAAAUUCAUUACUAGAAUCUGAUAGUGCUUUUAUUGGUGCUUAUGGUGAGACAUAUCCUGCCAUUGAAGAUGAUGACUUCCCUCCACCAUCACAGCUGCCCUCUGCAAGGGAGCGCAGGAGAAACAAAUUGAAAGGACUGGACUUUGCAUGCCUAUUGAGGAUGAAGAGAUAUCACUGUGGUUUUGAGGAUAACAGUUGUCCUAAUGUACCACCAGAUGGUCUCUCUUUAAAAUCAGUGUCCAGUGUAAAUGUUGACCAGCUUAGAAUGAGAAAUGAGGAGCGAAUGCAUAGACUGAAUGAACUUCAAAAUAAACCUAUUAAUACAGAGGACGAGAGUUCCCUGGUUGACCCUGAUGACAUCAUGAAACACAUGGGGGAUGAUGGCUCAAACUCUGUAGCAACCGAGCCCUGGCUCCGCCCUGGCACCUCGGAAACACUGAAGCGCUUCAUGGCAGAGCAGCUGGACCAGGAACAGCAGCAAGUUCCUGGGAAACCAGGACCUUUCACUUGGCAGAGCCUGUCUACCGCGCAUGGUUAAAAUAAAUCUGUACCGGACCCAGUAGUGCCUUGUCCAGUGAAAGGAAUGGUAAAUCUGUACCUUUAAUAAUAUGCUCUACUUUUUUCUUCUGCCUGAAGUUAGUUUUGUUAUAUUUGUAUAUAAAAGCAUAUUUUUUCCAAGAUGUAUUAUGAUGUAUGUUAUGUACAUAAAUAAAAGGCCACGAUUAUUACAUGUAACAAAGGGUACUCUGGUUUUACAGCACUAUAAAGACACUUUUUUAUUCACCUUGACAGGCAGAAUCUAUAAUAAGAUAGUAUACAUAUGACAGUUGAAUCCAGAGUACAAUAUUCUGUAAUGAACUAUAAUUCUAUACAGUUCUGUGCUACGUACAUAAAUAGAAGGCCAGAAUUAUUUUGCACAGUUAUGCCAUAGAGUGGUAAUGAACUCUGGAUUCAACUAUCAUAUGUAUACUAUUUUAUUAUAAAUUCUGUUUAUCAGGAUAAGGUAAAUAAAACUGAAGUGUCUUUACAGUGCUAUCAAACCAGAAUACCCUUUGUCACACGCACAUUUGCCACUGUUAUCUAUUAAGAUAAUUCUUUAGUGACUACACGUUGUAGCUGUGACUAUUCCAGUUGCUACAUAAUGAAAGAAUCAAAUGUGCUAUUUAAUUUUCCUGUUAUUUGACGCUACUGAUUCAGACAUAAUGGGAACUGUAAUUGAUUUUAUUCUCAUAAGCCAUACACUAAAUUUACAUCUUUCUGCCUCUACUUUUGUGCCAAUGAAUGCAUUGUCUUACAAUUAAUUUAUGUGAUUUGACUGCUUCUUGAUAGAAAUAAAUUUUUACUUUUAUUAACCAAUG